CCAACACAAGCGCUUGGAAAUUUCCAAGCAAAACACAAGUUUCUUUCUCUCUGAUGAAAAAUGUGUGUCUAGGGUUGACCGUCCAUUUUCCAAGCUAACGGUAUGAUUAGGCAAGCUUUUUCCUAUAGAGUACAGCCAAAAAUAGCAUCUUUGUUCGAUUCCACCAAGAGAAAGGAAAGAAACUACUCAAGCACAUAGCCUAGAAGCACUCCUCUUGAAGAGGGAAUUGGUAGGUGGGUUCGAUCCGCUUCUGAUUCUGAACAUGGGGAAAGCUGCUCUGAGACAGUAUCUAUGGAUCUCCGUUUGCGUGCUGCUCCUCGUUCACGCUCGGUCCUUUCAUCUUUCCGAUGUUGCUCCUCAGGAUUUUCAGAUGGGAGAAGCUUUGACCGUGAAGGUGAACCCUUUGACAUCGACAAAAUUACAGUUUCCUCACGCCUUUUACUCCCUUGGUUACUGUCGGCCUCUUAAAAUGGCUGAUGGUGCGGAGAAACUUGGAAAAUUUCUUCGUGGUGAUCGCAGUGAAAACUCUCCUUAUGAGAUUAGAAUGGGAUCAGAUGAGCGGUGCAAGAUUCUUUGUCGAAGAAUUCUCAAUGCAAAAGAGGCAAAAGAUUUCAAGGAAAAGAUAGAUGACAAGUAUCGAGUGAACAUGAUAUUGGACAAUCUCCCUUUGGUGGUUCCAUUAGAAAGGACUGAACAGAAAAAUUUCACCGUGUACCAACGUGGCUUUCCUGUUGGCUUCAAGGGACAAUAUGCUGGAACGAAGGAGCAGAAACAUUUUAUCUACAACCACUUGUCGUUCACUGUCAAGUAUCACCUAGAUAAAGAAACCAAGGCAGCAAGAAUUGUUGGGUUUGAGGUUAAACCAUUCAGUGUCAAACAUACGUUGGAACACCCAUGGGGACACCAUCUAAGUCUAACCACCUGUAAUCCAGAUGCGAAGCAAGAGGUUACUAGCUCUGAAACUCCCCAAGAGGUCGAAGAUAGGGAAGAUGUCGUGUUUACAUAUGACGUUCAUUUCCAGGCGAGUGACGUCAAGCGGGCUUCUCGAUGGGAGACUUACCGUUCAAUGGCCGAUGACCUGAUACACUGGUUCUCCAUCGCCACCUCCGGCGGUUUAUCCAAGCUGUCCUCCCGCCGUCUUCUGCCCGCCAGGCUGCUGUAGCCGCGACCAGAUGAUGGGUUCGGCCGCCGCUACUAUCUGGUUAUAGCACGAAUAAAAGCUCCCUUGAGUUACUCUAUGUAAUGUUACAUAUGAACUGUGUUAUGCGUGUGACCAAGUGAAGAAGUCACUUGUCUUACCCUCGAGAAGAUAAGGUGGUUGUCCCUGUGGUCUUGUAUUAUGUGUUUUUCACGACCUAAUUCUUGCUUUCUUCUCGAGUUUUCUUUUCACUGGGUCAGAGCGUAAAGAUGCAGAUGUUCUUUGCGGUUGGAUGUCGUAGUUCUCACGUCAUUGUAUUUAUGUGCAUAUAUAAAUUUGGAUUCUUACUCA